UGGAAGUUUGGGGUGAAGGAGGAAGCUCUGCGUCCGCAGCUGCACAAUCAAAUUGAUCUCUGGUUUUUCUGCUGUUGCGGAAGUCAUUCAAGAAAGCUGUAUACCUGCACAAGUGGUGGCUGCUGUUGAUGUAAACACUGUUGCUAAUGAAGUAUAUAAGUAUAAUUUUCCUCACACACAGUUACUGGCCAAGACAAUUGAAGGCAUUACACUUGAAGAGUUUGACAGAUUAUCUUUCAAUAUGAUUUUAAUGAGCCCACCCUGUCAGCCCUUCACAAGAAUUGGCUUGCAAGGUGAUGUGACUGAUCCAAGGACAAAUAGCUUCUUAUAUAUUCUAGACAUUCUCCCAAGAUUACAAAAAUUACCGAAGUAUAUUCUUGUAGAAAAUGUUAAAGGUUUUGAAGUAUCUUCUGCAAGACAUCUGUUAAUACAAACAAUAGAAAAUUGUGGCUUUCAGUACCAAGAAUUUCUAUUGUCUCCAACCUCUCUUGGCAUUCCAAAUUCAAGAUUACGGUACUUCCUUAUUGCAAAGCUUCAGCCAGAGCCAUUCCCUUUUCAGGCCCCUGGCCAGGUACUGAUGGAGUUUCCCAAAACUGAAUCUGAACAUUCCCCUCAAUAUGCAAUAAAUGCAGAAAAGAAAACUGAACCAAAUAUUUGCUUUGAUAGCAGCACACAGUGUUCUGGAAAAGAAGCCAUUCUUUUUAAGCUUGAAACUGCAGGAGAAAUUGACAGGAAACGUCAACAGGACAGUGAUCUCUCUGUGCGAAUGCUAAAAGAUUUUCUUGAAGAUAACAUUGACAAGCAUUCAUUCUUUUUACCACCAAAGUCAUUACUGCGAUAUGCUCUUUUGUUAGACAUUGUUAAACCCACUUCUAGAAGAUCCAUGUGCUUUACAAAAGGUUAUGGACGCUACAUAGAAGGGACAGGGUCUGUGUUGCAGAUGACAGAGGAUGUGCAGAUUGAGAAUAUCUACAAAUCCCUUACCAGUUUGUCACCAGAAGAAAAGAUAAUGAGAUUGUCAAUGCUUCAACUUCGAUUUUUCACUCCUAAAGAAAUAGCAAAUCUCCUUGGAUUUCCUCCAGAGUUUGGAUUUCCUGAGAUGACAUCUGUCAAACAGCGUUAUCGUCUACUUGGAAAUAGUCUCAACGUGCAUGUUGUAGCUAAAUUAAUCAAAAUCCUAUGUGACUAAUUUUUUAAAUAACUCUGAAAGAGGGUCACAGUUUUCUAUCAUAUCCAGAUAGUAAUUUUGAAAUUCUUUUUUGAGUUAAUUUUGACAAAAUUUGACUAAAUUAUCUUUCUCUUUAAUAAGAAGUUUGGGUUGGUCAGGAAAAUGCCAUUUUGUUUCCUUAAAUUUAUAUUACUGUGUUUUUUAAGGUGAAACUUAUUGUUAUGCUUCAGGAGAAUAUAUUUUCAUAUGAAAGCAGUAAAUAUAUAUGUUAAAUAUUCCCUUUAUAAUAUUAUGGUAUAGACAAGUUUAGAAACAUUAGAAUUUUAAUGUCUACAUGAAUAUUUUAUAAAGUAUUAUAAAAUAGUAUAUAAACCUGAUACUAUAUAUUUGUGUAUGUUAAUUAAAGUUGCUUUCAGUUCA